AUGGCGACCGAAGAUUCCAACAAACAAAAAGGCUCAACUACCACCAAAAACGAAGAUCCCAGCGAUCCCUUUUAUCUUCAUCACUCCGAUCAGCCUGGAACGAUUCUCAUCACACAACCAUUAAAUGACGAAAAUUACUCCACUUGGAGCCGCGCCAUGUCCAUGGCCCUCAAUGCCAAGAACAAGGAACUAGGAAGGUGGACUCAUUGCAACAACCUCAUGAAAUCCUGGCUGCUCAACUCUGUCUCGAAAGAUAUCGAAGCAAGUGUCAUCUACAACAAUGUUGCAUCUGAUAUUUGGAAUGAAUUAAAGGAAUGUUUCUCUCACACAAACAGCGUACAUCUCUUCCAUAUCGAACAAGAGAUACAUGGAAGUGUUCAAGGAAAUAUGAACAUUGAUGUGUAUUAUACCAAACUGAAAAGCUUUUGGGAUGACCGCGAUGCCUUGUGCUAUUUCCCAACCUGUGCAUAUGGUGCUGCGAAGGAAUUGAUGCAGUUUCAGCAAAGUCAGAAAACCAUAAAGUUUCUCAUGGGUCUCAAUGAACCCUAUGCUGCAGUUCGUGGGCAAAUUUUACUUAUGGAUCCCUUUCCUGCUGUCAACAAGGCUUUCUCACUCAUUAUUAAAGAUGAGAAGUAG